UUCCUUGUAUGUGCCCGUGACGCGCCGUGAAAGGAGUGAGCGGCUUUCACCGUUUUACCACAGCCGGCGAUGCUCCCCAUUCCCAUCCUCCCACUCUGUAAAGAUCGAUUCGAAAAUUAUAUGAAUGAAUUGAAUUUCAGUUCACAACUCAAGCUCACAUUCAUUAAAUCUACCCCUCUCUCUUUCUGAAGGGCCUACCCGAACACCUGGAAGGCCGAAGAACCCACGACAGCUAAUUUGUGGCUUCAAACUGGCAAAUAAGGAUGCGUUGGAAGCUUAAAGGACAAGGAUAGAAAGUCUACUGAGAAACACAAUCUGUAAGUCAUGGUUUUUCCUUUCCUUAAUAUUAAUACCCUUAGUUGGUUACAAGGUUUCUUAUCUUGUCAGUUCUACCUUCUCCUUAUAAACAAUCAUAUCAUAAGUAAUUCUGUACUUGUUCUUUAUAGGCCUUGGGUACAUAUCCAGGUAUCCAUUGAACCCGUUCAAAUACAGGUAUUUGCUGAACCCAAUUUGACUAAGCAUUACUUCCAUAUUUAGCAGUUCACUCGCCAUGUAUUCUUUGUCCGGAAAAGUAAACUAGAAUGUGUAACCCAUGCAUCAGGGAACUUAAGUUGCAGUGUAUCUGUAUUAAUGUUGCUACAUUGCAUAAAUUGAUUGAUUUUUAGAUUGUAAACCAUGAUUUUCAUGUAGUUUUUUUGGGGGUUACUUUUUCCAUCUUUGAUUUCCAAUAGUAUGAAUGACAAAGCCUUUUUUUUUUUUUUUACCUUUUACGACACUGAUGCCAAACUUGAAUUGUGUUUAUGUACAGAUAUUCAAGAACCAAUCCUAGUCAAAGGUGGAGAAAUGACUAGCAAGUUACCAUUGGCAGGGCUCAAGCGCUGGCAAUGGUGGGUUUUAGUGGCACUCAACAUUUUCUUCCUCAUUGCUGGCCAAUCUGCUGCUGUCCUUCUAGGGAGAUUCUAUUAUGAUCAGGGUGGCAAUAGUAAAUGGAUGUCCACCCUGGUACAAACUGCUGCUUUCCCCAUUCUUUUCAUCCCACUUUUUCGUCUGUCUCCCUCCCAUGAGCCUUCUACUAUUUCUGCCUCACCUUCUAUUGUCACUCUCACAAUAAUCUAUUUCCUACUUGGAGUGCUUAUAGCUGCUGACAACAUGCUAUAUUCAGUUGGAUUGUUGUACCUCUCUGCUUCUACUUAUUCUCUUGUUUGUGCUACCCAAUUGGCAUUUAAUGCGGUUUUCUCUUUCUUCAUUAAUAAGCAAAUGUUCACUUCUUUGAUACUUAAUUCCGUGGUGCUUCUCUCAUUGUCUGCUUCUCUAAUUGCCGUAAAUGAUGAUUCUGGUGAACCAUCUGGAGCCUCUAAGUUGAAGUAUGCCAUUGGGUUUAUUUGUACCCUUGGUGCUUCUGCAAUGUACUCUCUUUUGCUUUCCGUCAUGCAGCUUACCUUCCAGAAGGUUCUGAAAAAGGAAACGUUUUCUGUGGUUUUGGAAAUGCAGAUUUAUACAUCAGUUGUAGCCACUUGUGCUUCUGUUGUGGGGCUUUUUGCAAGCGGGGAAUGGAAGACACUGAGUGGAGAAAUGGUGAGUUUUGGUAAGGGAAGUGUUUCUUAUGUGAUGACUUUGGUUUGGACGGCUGUGGCUUGGCAGAUCUGUUCUGUUGGUGUAGUUGGCUUAAUUUUUACUGUUUCUUCUCUCUUCUCAAAUGUUAUUAGUACCGUGGCUUUGGCUCUUGUUCCUAUUGCUUCUCUCAUAGUUUUCCAUGACCAAAUGAACGGUGUGAAGGUGAUCGCUAUGCUUCUGGCCCUCUGGGGAUUUGCAUCUUAUAUCUACCAGAAUUACCUUGAUGACUGUGAGGCAAGAAGAACAAUAGUUAAUGCUAAUGAAACCCUUAAUGAUUCUUCUGUGUGAUUUUGUGCUGGUAGAAUAGGAAAAAAGCCUACAGAGACUCGUUGUCUUGGAUGAUCCAUGAUUAAUUCUGUGUGUGUACCUAUGGUAAUAUUAUAGGAUUGUCACAUUUUCGAUAUUAUCUAUAGCUACAAUUAUUUGUAGCUGCUGCAUUUAGUUAUGUAUAAUGUUAUUUUCUUAUAUGAUACAACUCUUAGUUUCCCCAUGAAUAUACUGCCCAUCUAUUGUUCUUC